GUACCACUUACAGUUUUCAUACCAUACGUUCCUACAAUUCUCUUGAUUUCUCUUGAACUUUGGUGAUGGUGUAAACCUAUCUCCCCUUCGAAUAUGUUUAGAUGUCGUGAAAUUUCAGCUGGUCGGUUAAGUGGUGUGUGUUAAUUUAUGCGUUUACCAUCUUUCAUAACCUGAUUUGUAUUAUCACCUUAGCAAGUGCACAUCAUCAGUUGAUGUAACCUUUACAAAUACACAAUGUAUUUAAGGAGAACUUCUGCGUAUUUUUUGUCACUUCAAUAUUAUCACUACAAGUUUUAUCAUGAUUGCCUUGGUAAGUUUAUUAAGUAUUCAAAUUUUAAAUGUUAUUUUUCCAUGCGUAUUUUUAACUUAUUCAACUCUAUGCGCAUCAUAAAAUUUUUUAGACAUUUUAAACUGUCCUGCAUCCAGCCUCCUUCGAAUGCAACUGAAAUGUUAUUAUGAUGUUACAGAAAUUAAUCUUCUUGGUCGCUGUUGGCACUGUUUUGGCAGCUGACAACAAACCCGUCCCGGAAAUUCUGUCUCAAAGCAAAACAUCGAACCCCACCGGAUAUGCCUUUGACUUUAAAACCAGUGACGGUGUAUCUCGAAAAGAAGAAGCCAACCUAGUCAAAGUGGGCGACAAAUAUGGAAUCUCCGUCAAAGGAUCUUACUCAUACAUCUCCCCCGAUGGCAUAGAGUACCAAGUCAUUUAUACUUCUGAUGACAAAGGCUUCAAGCCACAAAUUCACGGUUCAUCUCAACAUUAAUUAUUUCCGUUAUGUAUAUUGUUACCCUUUAGCUGUUAAAAAAAUAAAUAGAAAGAAAAUUUA